UAAUGACGUAUGUGAUGUCAUGAAGCAUCAAUGAACUGUUUUUUGUAUUUUAUGUCGGAAUAGGUGUAGUUUCCCUCACCUUCUUACGUAAAUAACCUUAAAAAUUAUAAAAAAUCGCAGUUUUCAUGUGAAUUUAUCAAUAUUAUACACGAUUCGCUGUCAAGAAAAGUAUUGUUAUUACAUUAUUAUCUGCAAUAAUGGCUUUUCAAUCACCUAUGCCAAACCGCGAAUUCCUUUGGAAUGUUUUUCAAAGAGUUGACAAGGAUCAAUCUGGAGCUAUUUCUGCUGAUGAAUUACAACAAGCCUUAUCUAAUGGAACAUGGACUCCAUUUAAUCCAGAAACAGUUCGUUUAAUGAUAGGUAUGUUUGAUAUUGAAAAAUCUACUCCCGAUCCUUCAGGUAUGUUUGACAAAAGUGGAAAUGGAACAGUCAGUUUUGAUGAAUUCGGAGCUUUGUGGAAAUACGUAACCGAUUGGCAAAAUUGCUUCCGUUCUUUUGAUCGUGAUAACAGUGGGAAUAUAGAUCGUAAUGAAUUGAAAACUGCACUCACUAAUUUUGGAUAUCGAUUAUCUGAUGGUUUAGUCGACAUGUUGGUAAGAAAGUAUGAUCGACUUGGACGAGGAACUAUUUAUUUUGAUGAUUUUAUUCAAUGCUGCAUAGUAUUAUACACUUUGACAUCUGCAUUCCGUAAAUAUGAUGCUGAUCAAGAUGGUGUUAUUACUAUUCAUUAUGAACAAUUUUUAAGUAUGGUGUUUAAUUUAAAAAUUUAAUAAUUCCAGAAUUAAUUUCAAUGUUUGCCAAAAAAAAAAAAUAAAAUAAAAUAAAUAAAUUAUAUACUCAGUAAUUAUCGCCUGUUAUCAUUACAAUAUAUACACAGUAAAAAAAUAUUAUAUUAAAAUCAACAUAAUCUGUAUGUAAGAAAUGGCCUACACAAUAUUUGUAUUUUUUUUUAACACAGACCAUUUAUUUUGAAUUGAAACACUAAAUUUGUGUUAAAAUUUAAACACUAAAUUCUGGUCGUACGACGAGUAAAUUCGACGCUUUUUAAAUGUCAGUGGCGAUACAAACAAAAUUGUUAGCUUUUACAUUUUAUUUUUGUACUGUGAAUAUACAUUAAAUUUAAUUUAUAUAUUAUUUUGAGGCUAUCAAAAAUGAUAACAAUUAUUGUUUAACAUUGAACUACUUUUUGACAGUAUACUAUAUGUUUUUAUUAGAGUCAAGAAAUCAAGUAAUAUUUUAUACCAGUUGUAAAUGAUAAAUCAAUUAAUUUUGAUUAAAAACAACAAAAACACAUUUUCAUUUAGCGAAAAAAUAAUUUUUACAUAAAAUAAUUCGAAAUUACAAAUGAUAUUAUUUGAUUCUUAUGAUAAUAAACAUUCCAGAUUUUAGUAAGUAGUAAAUUUAUCAAAUUAAUAAAAAAAAUUUUUAAGUUAAAUUGACAUUUAUGAAAUAUCAAUGACACAUUCAUUUAUCUAAUAAGUUUUCCGUGACUAUCGGUUGAGUUUUAAACGUUAAUUUAGUGUUAAUUUUAAAAUAACACUUAAUAAAUGUUGGUAAUUUAGAUUUUUGUAGUAGGUAUCACUUUUAAAGUGUUGAAUAGUAGAUCGAUUCAAAAUUUUAAAAUGACGCAGUGAAAUGUGUUGAUUUUCAACAUAAAAAAUUUAACAGGGACCGUUUUUAACACUGAUACUUAAUAUCUUUUACUGUGUAUUAAAAACAUUGUUUGAAAAAACGUUAAAAAAUUUUUUUAAGUUCUUAAUUUAUCAUUCCUGUUACAAAUUUUUUAUCUAUAUUUUUAUAAUGAAUAUUUAAAGUUUCAAAAUAUUUUUAUAAUGUUUAUAUAAACUAAACUUAAAGUUUGAUUUUUAAUUUACAUCGUUUUAAUACAAUUUUAAAUUUACAAUUUCCACGAAUAAUUAAAUUAAUGUGUUAAUAAUUGUGUUUUUCAAAACAAAAAUGUCAACUUGCAGCAUCAUAGUAGUAAUAAAAUAUCAAUUCUAUCCACUUAUCCGUCUAUUGCUGAAAUCAAAAAUAAGAUUCAAAUAUACUUAUUAAAAGUUUAUUCUUCGAUUACAGCAUAUUUAAAGAUUAAUAUACAACUCUAAUCAUUUUUAUGUACGCCUUGUUAUAGUUUA